UGCGAUUCUCUAUGGCUCUUUGAAAUGGGCCUCACUUGCUUCGUUUCUGCUUUGUCCCAUUCCUUGAGGCUUUACAAGCAAUCUUUGAUCUCUGCUGACGUCAAUUGUGGUGUCUUCUUCCUCCUUUUUUGAGUGGCAGACUGACUUCCUGUGGUCUUAGUGUAACAGCCAAAUCAGCAUCUCUUCCCCAAUGUCUGAGUUUGCAGCUUAAUACUUCCUGUCAAAUUAACGGAACUCUUCAACUCCAUUCUUCACUUAGGCCUCAAAUUGUAGGGUUACAUUUAACCAGCCAUAACUCUGUUCCUCAAUGUUGUGUCGCACUUUUGUAGAUAAAAUGUUCCGGAUGAUUUUUCUGCUAUUAAUGGCUGUUUGCCCAGAACACGGAAGAGAUUACGGAAACUUUCCAAACCCGACAAUAACAUUGGAACCAGUGACUGGCCUGGCCCUACAGGGUGGGGUUGUCAUUGUCAAGUGUGAAACGCACACUGAAGAUCCGAAAAUUGUCUAUCUGUUUCGAAAUGACAAGGUCAUUUACAAUGUUACAUCUAUCUUGAGCUCGCCUGUGGUCUACACCAUCAUCAACAUAACUUCCCAACAUCUUGGGAAUUACCGUUGCUUGUAUGCAAACAUUUCCAAUCGCCAUCAGAGAUCAAGGCCGAGUACUCCUGUUCGAUUGUCCAUAUUGGGUAGAAUCAAGGCACCUUUGAGUGUCCUCCAAUUAUAUCCAGCAGCUGAGGUCACAGAAGGCGAAACUUUCACAAUGACUUGCCUCGCUGCCACCAGCAGUCGAUGUUUCAUCUUCAAGGGGGGUCACAAACAAAAUGAGCAUUUCCAAAUUAAGGAAGAGAAGAGCAACGUGACUAUCACGAUAGGGAAUGUGACCUAUUGUGAUGAGGGGAAUUACUCAUGUUACUGCCUCAUUGAUGUCAGUGGUAAAACAGUCUUCACUGCCCAGAGUGACUGGUUGCAAGUAACUGUGAUGGAUCAUGAAGAACAAAUCAAUGAAGCUGUGGCAGCAGAGAUAAAUUCCAGUCCUAUAUUGCCAAUAGCAUUGGCUUCUACAACUUUCAUAGUACUUAAUCUGAUGUGUGCCUUUUUGGCAGUCUGUCUGUCCACGAAAAGUAAGUACACACCUUAUAAUAUUUAAAUGAAUACUUUUUAA